AUGCCUUCUCACGACCCUGCGUAUGAGUAUGCCGUCCUCAUGGCGGCGAUGCGUAGGGGGUAUGCCCUCUUCAACCCUCAACCUCUUUCCUACAAGAAGAAUGGAAAGUCUGUUUUGGCAUCACGCGUUGAAAUCGGGGAUGUGGGCUUCAUAACUGGCAGCGGAUCAUUCUUUCGACUUUUCAACAUCCAUUUGGCCACAGAUGAUCCUCGUCAAGCACCUACUCUUCCCACUGGCUUUGUGCCUCUCGAGAAGGACGACCUCUCCAUCCCGCAUACUCGGGACUCUUCUUCGUUGCCUCGUAUCAUGCGGCACCGCACGGGUCGCUCCGUCACGCUCGAAGCAGGCGCAUCCUUAUCAGGAGCGGCAGGUGCCUCGCUUAGUUGGAAUCUGGAGCACGAACAAGGCGCUGUUUUGGUCUAUUUCGAUCAACAUGUAACAAUGAACGCUGAGAACAAGGAGUCGUAUCGACGGUACUUUCGAACCCAUCAGAAUUCCUGGAUCGACCUCGUCAAGUACAAAGGCUACGGCAGGGCUCUUAGCGAACUCGUUUUAGUCACAGGUUGCGACUGGACGUGCGCAUGGGCUACCAUGCAUAGCGAGAGUCGCUCCUUGGGCGCAAAGCUGUCGCUUGAGGCCAAUGUGCCUGCAGUGGGGGCGAAUGCGUCCCGCACGGGCGAGGUACGGUGGAGUAAUGCCAUCGAGGUGCCGGCGCUAUGUGGACCCUCCUCGGACAACCGCUCGCCGUCUACGAGGGAGUUGCUAUCCAAACUCUCCGGCGGGGACCCAUCCGCGCCCACCUCCGAUCAUGUUCCCGGUGUUAUAUUGCAGCUGAAUGAUGUCCAGGAGAGACUGCUACUGGACGAGUUGCCGGCAGAUCAGUGUAUGUUCAUACGAGGUUUCCGAGGCCGCAAGCUGCGCGGUCCUCGAGAAUUGAAAGCUGCCGCUGGUCCGCAUGUUCUCUCCCGCGGUAGUUUUGAUGAUGACGACGAUCGCCCUCGCGUCGACGCUGGUGUCGACAUAGAAGACGAUCAGGAAGACGUGCAAGAAGUCUUGGGAUCUCCGCCAGGGAUAGGCGAAAGCUUGCUGUCGUUCGCGUUGCGCGUUAUUGCUGAUCACCACAACGCCCACUCCGCCAACGACACUAUGGACUUUCCAGACGACGACCCAACUAUAAUCAUGCACGACGAUGAACUGCUGCCAUUCAUACCCCAACCGCAGGACGAAGAUUUCAUGCACUGGGACAGCGUCGAACAUGUGUUGCCAUAUUUCAAAAGCCGUUUGUACAACUCCUUCACAAAGAGGACGUUCACAAUUCUUCUGGGACGGGCGCAAGAAAUAGAGGGUAUUGUUCUUGAUCCGGAAGGCAGGGUUCUUAGUGGGACGGUAUCUGCACUCGUGAGAUACCUCAUAACGCACAAGCCUGCAGAUCCAAACUUCGACGAGGUGUUUCACAAGACGUACAAGUCAUUCAUGGCUGUCGAUCUGCUCGUUCUCAAAUUGUCGCAAAGGCUGGGAAGCGACCCGCCCGAUGAAUCAAGGCGGAAGAAUGAUGAGGAGUGGGAGUCGAAUGAGUGUUUUGUUUGGGGUCGCGUACUCACUACGUUCAACCUGAUGGUCAUGCACGGCGAUAUCUCCCAGGAGGAACAUUACGAUCGUCUUAAGACUUUUCAGACGAAUGCUGUAGGGAAACGGUACUAUGCUGUGCUGAUGGGACACCUUUUGACAAUCAUAGACUGUGGUUUGUUAUCGAAGAUCAAGGCGAGCGACUGCUUGGCGAGGGCGAGAGGGCAGAUUGGCGCGAGUGACGAUAUCGAUGCUGCGAUCACGAUGAGCAACAAGGUCGUUCACUGGGUUGUCGGCGUUAUCCUGGACAAGGAAGACGCGCGCAAGCGCGCGAUCACAGUCGAGCACUUUAUCCAGAUAGCAGACCGUUGCCGCGACCUGAAGAACUUCAGCUCGAUGACUGCCAUUGUGUCCGCCCUCAAUUCGCCAUCUGUGCGCCGGCUGAAGCAGACGUGGGACCAGAUCAGCCGGGACUUCGCCGAGAUGCUGAGCGUCUGUGAGAAGACGAUCGAUAGCGGGAACAACUUCGAGAACUAUAAGCAAUUACUUCGACGCAUCGAGCCGCCUUGCGUGCCUUUCAUCGGUGUGUAUCUGAGCAUGCUCGAGGACAUCCAAGGCAACGCGCCGGAUACCGUCUCGGGUGGGCUCGUCAACUUCCAGAAGCGCGCCGAGGCCGCCGUCGUGAUGCAGGAGAUCGAGAAGUGGCAGCGCAGGCCGUUCAACUUUGCGCGGGUGGACGUCAUUGCGGAUUAUCUGCAUGAGCAGUUGGAUAGGUUCGACGACGUGUCUGACGUCGCUGAUCGUUUUCUCGAGCUGAGCCUGAAGAGAGAGCCGAAGAAGAGAAAGUAG